AGACGCUUUCUGUGCAGGUUUAGUUCUCAAGAAGGGAACAGCCUAGGCUUCGCCCCGUUGAUCCGAGACACUGUCCGUCCCACUGGGAGAGCGGGCAGGCGUCCGUCUCGGGCUCAGAGAGGAAUGUCCGCAGAGCCGCAGUGAGAGUGGAAGCAGCCGGUCCCUAAGAGGAAGUCCUAGAGACUUGGCACUGCGCCUGGGCCUCUGUUUGUUUUUCCUUUUGCUGUCCUGAACAUAUAGCCCAGGGAGCCAGGUAAACAGAGCUCCUGAACACUGUGUGCACGGACACACACAGCCCCUUUGGCCAGCCGGGGCCUGUUCUGGACCUGAUGCGUGUUUCCUGGGUCCUCGCGGUUUCGUGUUACUGUUUGUAGUGGGUGGAGUUGUUUCUAGAAAUGUGUUUGAUUUUACAGGGUUCGCAGGGGUGGACGGCUCUGUUUCCUCAUUCUCAUAAGGUCCACGUUACGAAAGGCUAACCAGAGAGAAGCCUGACACUUCAUUUCGUCUGCGGUCAGGCUAGUGUUGGUGGCACCCAAAGGACCUGGGUUCCACUCCCAGCUCUGGCUCCUGACUCCCACCUCCCACCGGGGCAGACCGUGGGAGGUUGUAGGGGACAGGGUUCCUGCCAUACGCCUGGGAGACCUGGGUUGUGUUCCUGGCUCCUGCCCUGCACCAACCCCAUCCAUUCCUGGCCUUCGGGAAGUGGACCAGCGGCUGGGAGGUCUCUCUGCCACUCUGGGUGACACGGGGGACCCAGGGAAGAGAGUGCACUUCCACGUUUAGGCUUGAUGGGUGUGAACAGACAGCUGUGCAGAGCUGUGGCAGAAUGUCGGUUCCAGGACCUUACCAGGGAGCUGUGGGGCCUUCGCCGGCGCCCACCGCACCGCCCUCCUAUGAAGAGACGGUGGCCGUCAACAGUUACUACCCCACGCCCCCCGCGCCCGUGCCGGGGCCCGCCACGGGGCUCAUGACAGGCCCGGAUGGGAAGGGCAUGAACCCCCCUACGUACUACACCCAGCCGGUGCCCGUCCCCAACGCCAAUGCAAUCGCCGUGCAGACCGUGUACGUGCAGCAGCCCGUCUCCUUUUUCGACCGCCCGGUGCAGAUGUGCUGUCCAUCCUGCAAUAAGAUGAUCGUGACGCAGCUGUCCUACAACGCCGGGGCGCUCACCUGGCUCUCAUGCGGGAGCCUGUGCCUGCUGGGGUGCAUCGCGGGCUGCUGCUUCAUCCCCUUCUGCGUGGAUGCCCUGCAGGACGUGGACCACUACUGCCCCAACUGCAAGGCACUGCUGGGCACCUACAAGCGCUUGUAGGACUCCGCCCCCCGUGGCUGCCCCCAGGCCCGACUCGCCCAACCCGCCCCAGCACAGGCGCUCCUCUGGUGGUCUGUCCCCCCCCCCCGCCGGGGGGGCCACCUGCGUGUCUGCUUUUUGGGGUGGGGGGGAAAUAUCGCAAAAGUCACACACCUCCAACUCCCAGAAAUUGCUGCUUGGAGUCGCGCACGGGACCUGCAGAGACACCGGCUUCCCCUGUGACUGUGUCUUCUGGCCGCCGCCUCUUCCUGCCUUGGGGGGCCCUUCUGGGGGGUGGUCUCAAGCAGAGAAGCCACAGGUUGCCUUAUUUUUUGAGACUGUUCUGUCCUGAACUCACUGAACCAGCCUUUGUGCCUCCCAUGCACCCCCACCCCACGACAAAGAUCUUGCCUUAUAGACGUGCUGGGGGCUCGGCUCUCAGGUUCUGUAACUGCAGACUUCAUUAGCACAAAAACUCACUUUAAUUUCCUUGUCCUUUUCCGAAGUGCAAGGAGGGGCGGUCGCCCCCUCCCCCACACCCCGCCCAACCCCCCCUUGCUGCCAAGUAGGCGGGUCCUCAUAGCUGCAGUCUCUUUUCCUUCGAUGAAUGGUGCGUUUCGUUUGCCCAUGCGCACUCUUUUUUUUUUUUUUUUUUUUAACGUAACAGCUGGAGAGAUUUCACCUGCUGCCUUCACUUGGGGGGAGCGCGGGUCAUGGGUGGAGAGGCGAGGGAGCCCGUCGCUUGUCUGGGUGCCGCGAGGCUGAGCCGGAACCCCCUCAGACAGUUGGUGGUGAGCCUCGGAACCCACCCCAGGCGUGCCUUUCCGGAGACCCCCACUGUAAUACUGAAUGAGCACAGGAACUCAUGGAAAUAAUAGGCCUGACCUUGAGCAGAAAUCUGUGUAUUGGUUGAAAACGAUCGUGGUAACCCUUGACCCAGUUUACGCUUUGAAAAGUUUGAUGUUUUGAAAAGUGCCAGUAAUUAUUUUUGCAGCGAACUACAGAUACCACGCAGUACUUCACUUCGGUGUUACCUGCUUUUAACAAAUAAAGCGUUGGGUUCUCUGUUUAUCCAUUCCGACGGCGUGGCCAGCCACGGCUAUGAAGACCCUCUGUUCGCUGGGUUAGGGUAGGAGAUCAUCAUGAUAAAGCCCCCCUGGCCCGCCGAGGGGCGUGUCCGCCGUGGGGCGGGUCCUGCGACGCCAAGAUGAGAGUGGAGUGCUCGCUGGCGAGGUGGAGCCCAACCCCAGGCGGCCUCAGAGCCACGGCUCUCAAGUUGGCUCUCAAGUUUUAAUCAAAUGCGCAGGAGAGAGCCCCGCCUGCAUUCCCUGGGAACAAAACGUGCUUUGUUAAUUGAUCCGGAUGCUGGUGGGGAGAGGGCCUUGUCCCAGGCCAGGAAUCCGUUGCCGCCACCCUCUCCCCUGCCUACCUGACUGUCGCUGGCGCCUCGCCUCGCCUUGGUGUGGCUCCCAGGGUCGCCGCUGCUCGCUUCGUGCCCGAGUGAUCCCCAGCUGUGGUUACUGAGUCGCACGUGCAGUCUACAGGGUGAACGCGUCCGUGUCGCGUGGUCUUCCCGACGCGUCCGUGUCAUCGGUCACAGGAUGGACGGGCUGGUGCACGUUUUCCUGUCCAUUAUAUAAAGUCUCUUCUGUUCCGCCGCCGCUGUUCGCUGGGGACUGGAGUGAGUUUGUUGCAGACACUGGAUCGCAUUCAGCGAAUGGAAAGGCUUUAUCCCAACCUGCUGUGGCCGCCGGGAAGGAUUUUCAAGUUUCAAACCGGAAGUGGCCGUGCAUCCUACGCACGGGGUCUUCACAGAGUUCUUGGGAGCCUCGCGUUGUGAAAAAACUGUGCACGGAUUUCCAUUUCUUUCCGCACCAGAAUAAACCUACCUUGAAUUCCGUUUCUCCUUGGGACAUUUCAGGCACCUCCCGUUGUAUCCUGUUGAUGGACGUCCGCCUGGGCCCCCGCCCUGUUUGGUGACAUCCUGCCCUGCCUGUGGGCUGUGGUUAGGAGGGAGCCUGGAGGCCGAUGCGCAUUGUGGGCCCUUCAGGAAGUGAUCUCCUGGCUUGAGGACUGUGGUGUCUACCUGGAGCCCGGGAGCCAGCUGGAGGCGGAUUCAGCUGGAACCGUCCAAAGCAGACAAGGAGUGGUAGAGGUGUUUUGUUUGUUUUCUAGCCUGUAAAUUUUCAAGAAACGAGGAUCUGGGUCUCAUAAGAAGACAGUGCAGAUCACAGGCAGGCGUGGCUGCCAUGUGUGCCGCCGGCCUUCCUGUCCAACUGCUGCUUCCCGCCUGCCUCCCUGGGAAGCUGCUGCCCCCACCCCACAGCGGUGCAUCGGGUACCGUGCGGAGGAACCCGCGUGGACCCAGUCGGGGGCGCAGUCUUCACCUGGGGGUCUCUUACUUGCUCCCUCGUUGGAGUCCCCGGUCUGUGGCCUGCACGCUGCCUGGGGUCAAGUCUGUGCUUACCACCUGUAAAACUCCGGGGGUCCUGGGUGGGCACAGGUGGUGGAGCUGUCGGUUACACGAUGGUGUGUGCAAGGGGGAGGGUCCCGGAGCAACGUGAGUUCCCUGCACGAGCCACUGGGCGCGGCCGUGUGGCACAGUGGGUGACACCGUCGGCUGAGGCACCAGCUCCAUUUCCCACCCGGCUCCCUGCUAACGCGCCUGAGGACACGGCAGAGGGUGGCCCACGUGCCUGGGCCCUACACCCACGCGGGAGACCCGGAUGGAGCUCCAGGCUCCUGACUCCAGCCUGGCCCAGCCCAGGCCUUUGUAGCCACUUGGGGAGUGACCCCAGGAGUGGGCUGGAAGAUUUCUCUCUCUCUCUCUCUCUCUCUCCUCUCUCAUUGUGCCUUUCAAACUAAAUAAAUCUUUUUAAAGAAAGCAA